AUGGGGAGUGUGCGAGGCCUGUGGUCUUGGAUGCUAGCUUUGCUCUCUUUGCCUGGUUUGGUCCUAGGAGCACCCUCAGUGCCCAGAUGUUCAGGAGUCUGCAGUACCAGUGUCCCAGAAGGCUUCACUCCUGAAGGGAGCCAGGAAUCUCAGGACAAGGACAUCCCGGCAAUUAACCAAGGGCUCAUCUCAGAGGAGACCCCAGAGAGCAGCUUCCUGGUCGAAGGGGACAUCAUCCGGCCGAGCCCCUUCCGAUUGUUGUCGGUGACCAACAAUAAAUGGCCCAAGGGUACUGAUGGCAUUGUGGAGAUCCCCUUCCUGCUCUCUAGCAAGUAUGAUGAGUCCAGCCGCCGGGUCAUUCUGGAGGCCUUCGCUGAGUUUGAGCGUUUCACAUGCAUCCAGUUUGUCCCCUACCAGGGCCACAGAGACUUCAUUUCCAUCCUUCCUAUGUCAGGGUGCUUCUCUGGUGUGGGACGCAGUGGAGGGAUGCAGGUGGUGUCCCUGGCACCCACUUGUCUCCAGAAGGGCCGGGGCAUUGUCCUACACGAGCUCAUGCAUGUGCUUGGUUUCUGGCACGAGCACUCACGGGCAGACCGUGACCGCUACAUCCGCGUCAACUGGAAUGAGAUCCUCCCAGGCUUUGAAGUCAACUUCAUCAAGUCUCGGAGUAGCAAUAUGUUAGCACCCUAUGAUUACUCGUCAGUGAUGCAUUAUGGGAGGUUUGCCUUCAGCUGGCGUGGGCAGCCCACCAUCAUACCACUCUGGACCCCCAGUGUCCACAUCGGCCAGCGAUGGAACCUGAGCACCUCAGAUAUCACCCGGGUCCGCAGGCUGUACAACUGCAGCCAGAGUGUCCCUGACUCCCACAGGAGAGGGUCUGAGGCCCACAGUGAUGAAAGAAGCCUCACUCCUGUCUCUCUCUCACAUCUGCAAAGACUUCUGGAGGCACUGGCAGAAGAAUCUAGAAGCUCUGCCCCCAGUGGCUCCAGGGCUGGAGACCGGGGUAUUAUUGCCAGGCCUGUAGAUAGCCAGCAUGGAUGGGAGCAUCCUGCUCAGAGCAAGUUCAGUGUGGAGGCCUUGGCAAGACCACCUCAAAGGCUAGCUGCUUCUCCAAGGUCAGGGCCUGGAGCAGGUGCAGAUGGCAUUUCUCUAGAGCAGUUCCAGGUAGCCCAAGUGCCCACUGUACCUCUGGCUCCUUUUCCAGAAGCCAGAGACCAGCCAGCACCUAUCCAGGAUGCCAUGGAGAGCCUAGCUCUGCUUCCAGGAGGUUGGGCUCUUGGAAGUCACUUUGGAGAGGUGCCCAGAGACUGAACCUGUUGACUUCUGCCCCCAAGUGGGGAGGAUAUAUCCCGCCCAGAGAAGUGAGGUGUUCUAGUCCUUGCCCCUCUGGGCAUCACCCCUGAAUUCUUCUCCCUGCACUGGCCACUUCUGGAGGCCCAAGCCACUCCCUUGCUCUCUUUCCCCACCACAUUCCCCCACCCCCUGCAGAGUUCCUAGGGAUAGAGAGGCCCCCAAGGUCUGUCUGUUCUUGACUUGAGUCCUAGCCCUGGAAGAUGCUGGGGAUGGAGACAGGAUCCUGGUUGUGGUGGGCAAGAGCAAGGUUCCAGCCCUGAAGGGCCUCUGGGAAUUCUACAGCUGAGGACUAGCUCCCAGCA